AUCAUGGAGAUUAAAGAAAUUCGACGUGCUCCACUUCCUUCCUAUCAAGGAGAAGAGAUCAUAACUUGUGUUGAAUCAUCUAGAUUGGAUCAGUGA